CCCUUUUGCCCCCGUGGCCUCUCUCCGGUCCCCAUUCGCCGCCAUGGGGCCGGUCCCGGUGCUGCUCCCGUUGCUGCUCAGCGGCCUAUGGGGGGCAAUGGGGCAGAACCCGACCCCCAACGGCACCAGACCCGUGUUCCCGUGCGGGGGGGAGCUCAGAGGUGAAUCCGGUUACGUGGCCAGCGAAGGUUUCCCCAGACCCUACCCCCCAAACACCAACUGCACCUGGAGCAUCACGGUCCCCGAGAACCAAUCAGCAUCCCUCUCCUUCCGUGUCUUUGACCUUGAGCCUGACCUCCGCUGCCGGUUCGAUGUGGUGUCAGUGUGGGGGGGGUCGGGCCCGGACCCCCCCCUGCUGGGCCGGUACUGUGGUACCUUCCGGCCCGGCCCCCUCCGGGCUCCCAGUAACCGGAUACUGGUGCGGAUGGAGAGCGAUGGGGCCACCAAUGGGAGGGGGUUUCUGGCCUGGUACAGUGCAGGACCUGCUGUGGGGCAUGAGCAUCAGUUGUGUGGGGGGGGUCUGGAGCAGCCCCAGGGGACCCUGAGCUCCCCCAAUUGGCCUGAGCACAAUUACCCCCCCGGGGUCAGCUGCACGUGGUACAUCCGGGCCCCCCCCGGCAAGGUGGUGGAGCUGAGCUUCAGGAAGCUGGAUGUGGAGCCGGAUGCUCACUGCAGAUAUGAUCACGUGUCUGUGUUUGAUGGGGGUCGAUCUGAUGCCACCCGCAGGGUGGGCAGGUUCUGUGGGGAGGAGACCCCUGGCCCCAUUAUCUCCUCAGGUCCUGAGCUCCUUGUCCAGUUCGUGUCUGAUCUCAGUGUCACAGCUGAUGGAUUCACUGCUUCCUAUGUCCAUCGGAGCCCCCCCGGCCCCAUAGCGACCCCCGGCCCCAUAGUGACCCCCGGCCCCAUAGCGACCCCCGGCCCCCAUAGCGACCCUGGCCCCAUAGCGACCCCCGGCCCCAUAGAGGGCACUGGCCCUAUAGGGGGCACUGGCCCUAUAGAGGGUACCAGCCCCAUUGCCUGCCCCGAGCGCUGCCGCCGCACGGGGUCGCUGCAGAGCAGCUUCUGUGCCAGCGACUUCGUGCUGACGGGCACAGUGAAGUCCCUCACUCGGGGCCCCCCCCCGGACCAAGGCUGGGUCCUCAUCUCCAUCCUGGGCCUCUAUAAAGGGGGGGGGGCUCUGGGGGUGCCCCCCCCGUCCAAAGGGACCUCAAUGCGCAUGCUCCUGCCCUGCAGGCUCUGCCCCAGCCUCAAGAAAGGCUCCAGUUACAUCCUAAUGGGCCGUAUGGGGGAGGGGGGAGGGGCUCUGCUCCCCCCCGAUGCCUUCGUGGUCCCAUUCCGGCCCCAACAGCAGCUCCAGGUCCUGACCAACCUCAGCAAGAGGGGGUGCAGGGGCCGAGCCUGACCCCCCCCCCGUCCCUAUGGCACAUGGAACAGUCCGUUCCCCCCCCCCCCAUUCAUGCC